GAUUGAGUAGCGUUAUGGUAAAAGUUGAAAAACAUAUAAAUUCUCCAAAUUUUGCGAAAAAAUCCAGUUUUAAGUGACAUUUUCCAUAGACUUUGGCAAUUGACUCAAGUUCUAACUAUUGGUCUGACAAUUGGCAUAUGACAUACGUCUUUUCCGCAUUUUGCUUUACAUGUUUAUGUAUGCCAGUGUUCAUUCGCAAUUAACCUUAACUUCAAUGAAACUGCUGAGUUUUAAGUGAUAAUAAAGUGUUAUUGAUGUCAUAAAACAAUGGCUCACAUAUGUAGAUUAUGUCUGAAACCCAUACCGAAAGAAAGCGAUGUAGUUCCUAUCAUCAGUAUAGACAGCAAUGGAGUUGAUGUCACGACAUUAGUAAAAACUCUUGUUCCGGAAAUUUAUAUAGGCCUAUCGGAAAAUCCCGUACUUUGUCAUCUAUGCUACGAUUCACUAUCUGAGGCUUACUCGUUUCGUCUACUAUGCCUGAGAUCCGAGAAUCUUAUUGGUAUUUUUAUGCGAGAAACUAAAACCAUGACGCAGACGGUUGAUCUGCAGCGCGUAGUAAACUAUUGGAAGACGGUAUACAAGAAAAAUCGCCGUGAUAGAAGUGCCACGCAGAUGAACUUAGCUGAAUGCUUUGAAGUGGAUGAUGUCCAAUGCAUAGUUGAGCCGAGUGCUGAUAAGUCAGCGAAAAAGCUCCGAACGUUUGGUCCACAACGGAAGAAACGCAUUUUGAGCAGAAAACCCUCUGAGAGAGAUGCACGAAAAUUAAUUCCAUCUGAACUUGAGGCCAGUCAAACUGCCGCAACUCAACCUUCCAGUUCAACUGAGAAAAACAAUGAGUCUACAGGAAUUAUUACUGAGAACGAAGCCAGGAAAUGUUUGGAUAUCAACGCAUUGAAAGAACAACCGAAAGGGGGCUCUUCCAUCUUACGACUUCUCGGAGGUCCUGAUGUGGAUCUUUGCGGCUGUCCCCCAGUCCAUGAUUGUCCCAGCCACGCUAAUUUUAAUGUUUUCGUUGAAGAAAAGCGGCGAGAAACAAUGCGAAAAAAACACGCUUCUUGCAAUCUGUUCUGUGAAUAUCGCCAUAUGCGAACUUGCAAAUUUUAUAUAAAUAUGGUACCUAAGCAGCCGGAAACAGAAACAGAUAAGGCAACGGAAAAUCUGGAUAUUUCUGAUCGACCAAUCGACACCAAAUCCACCGAAGCUUCACAUUGCAGUAAUAUUGAAAAACUUAUUGGCGCAAUAGCAGAGGAACACGAAGCAACAUGCAAUGCUGAAGAAACUGCGGAAGAUAAGACUGACGAUGAGGACGAAAUUGAUGUUUUGAGUCUGUUGAAACAGUUACAGGAGAACGAAAACUUGGAGAAACUUGGGCUAAUGGAUAAUGCGACUAACUUGCAGGAUUUAUAUGUGAUUAAAAAGAUUUUCGAUAAAAAAGAUAAUUCAUUCAGUUAUGCUCUUAUACCUAAAUCCGCUGUCGAAGACCAAAGUGAAGAAGAAAAUUCUUUGCCAAAGAAUAAUCUACAGGCUCAAGGCACAAAUACUUGUACCAACGAAGCUGGAACCAAUAGCGCUAUUCUCAAUUCAAGAACACCAGAAAAAGACGACACGGAAAAUGCAAAAAAUAAAAAUGACGAGACUGUUACAAGAAGGAAAAGUUUCUCGAAAAGCUCAGACGCGUUAUUUACCCCACUUAAAAUAAAGAAGGAACGCGCCGAUGAGGAUAUAGUGAGUUCAAUUUUGGGAGUUCCGCCAGAAGAUUUGCCAAUUACUGCAACAAAGCCGAUAAAAGGAGUAGAAGUGGAUCCUUUAGAUAUAUCGAAUAAUCAAACAGAAGAGAGGCCCUUCAUUCGUGUAAGGCCAGUUGAGUCUCUUAAACUACCAUGCAGCUUAACCGUUGAACCAUUGCCAGUAGCAGAUAGUUUGAAUUUAGUCAUACCGGAGACUUCAACUAGUGUAGCUUUCCCUAAUUUGCUGGCUGAUUCACUACCACCUCUUCCAGCUAUAGUUGGACUAAUUGAGAACAAUCUUCCACCGCCAAUACUUAGUCCAAUUACCGAUAUUAACCCAGAAGGAACUGUGGGCAGUUAUGUUAGUCAACGCCCGUUAUAUACAACUAGCUCACCUCCUCCUCUACAUAUGUGCGUUUUGAAACUCCCCAACUCUAAUUUGUGCAAUUCAAAGAAACGUAAAGCACCAAUAAAUAGGCCUAAAAAGCCAGCUAAGAGACGCCAAACCAAAACGUCGAAAUCGAGAAAGCUAAGUGAGUCCAACCCCGACCCAUUAGCAGCCAUUCCUCUAAGCCUUGAAAAACCCCUAACAAAGUCAAUGGAUGCCAAAGAUGAUUUCGUAAUUAAAAAAGAGCCUUUGGACUACACUGGUGGAGGAGAUGAUUUCAAACAUCCCGAUAAAGCGUUGACGAAGAGGCCAAAUCAAGAAACCAGCAAUUUAUCAAAGCUGAUCGACGAUCCACCGAUGAACGAAGAUCAGUUGGAUAUACCAGAAUAUGUUCAGAUAAAGAACGUGUCGCUUGUUAAUGUAUCCGAUCUGGUCCAAAAGGGCGUACAAACCAAAAAACUAGAACCUAAACCGCCUAAAGAUGUUGAUAAUAUUUCACCAAUACGAUUGCCGCAGAGUUUAAGCGAAUUGCUUGAUGCAAACCCAAAGAAAAGUGAGCCCAAAGUUGAUGAUGUUCUAGAUCUGAUUACAAAAUCAACUGACGAUGACCCAAGUUACGACGCUGACAGAGAUCCUUUGUAUUUGCCCCCUGCUGGGUUUAGGCAACGAAAACGAGAUUUUAAGCGCUUUAUUGAACUGAGUGAUGAAGAAAAGGCCAAAAGAAUGCGCCGCAGUACUCGAAUCAGGAGAAAAAAAGUCGAUAAAUUUAACUUAGAGACGCCUAAAGCAACUCGUCGGAAAGUUUCUAAGACUGAAGCUCAAUUGAAAUGUGUCCUGCCCACAAAAUUUACUAGUGAAGGUGAUUAUGUCAACGAUCACGACUAUUUUAUUAGCCCCUAUGCAAGGAAUAGAAUGGCUAGUGUGAGAAGGAAGGGAGGAGAACACUGCAUUUGUUUGCUUUGCGAUUUGAUUCAUUUAUCAUCCAAGCAUGUUGAGCAUAUGUCUGCUCACUAUACGAAGUGUGCUAUUUGCUGUGCAGAUUUCAAAAAUGUGUUUGUCUUGAAUAUGCACGUUCGCAAACACACUUCACACUGCAAAGAGUGCAAACUUAGCGUGACUUAUGCGAGAUUCUUGCAUCACGCCGAAACUCAUAAUAGGACUCCAGGAAUGUCUAAGAUACUUUUACCUCUGCCUCCCAAAUUUCCUAUAUCGGAAAAUGACUUUUUAGAUGAGUUAAAACCGAGCAUAAUCCAGCCCUUUACACAAAAGCGAAAAAUAUGUAGUCCGAAUCCCAAUGUUAAAAAAAGUAAAAGAGCAGCUGGAAAUGAAUCAAGGCAAUUGGAGAACAACGCCUUUUGUAAACCGUCGUCUAUCACUCUCACCGAACUCUUGAAAAGUUCUCGACCUACCAAUAUGAACCGCAUAAUGACCGAGAAGGAAUCUGUUUCAAAUUCAAGCGGAUCCACUAAAAAGAAAAUGAAAUCAAUAAUGCGUAGAAAAAAGACAAAAACUGGAAAUCAGAGAAAACCUUUUUCGCCUUCCAGGUUAUCUAAAAUAGUUGAUGAAAUCGUCAAUACUGCGAAGGAAUUAAAUUCAAGAAAAUCUGAAAUAAUAGAAAGUCACGUUUAUACAAAGGAAGACAGUUCUGGGGAUGGUCAAGAGAAUGAGAACGAACUGACGAAAAUAAACAAUUUGAAUUCUAAAACAUGCCAAAAAACCAGAUCGCGCUCAACAUAUAGAACUGCAAGUGUUUCAAUACAGGAACCCUUAAAUACUGAGACAAUGGCGGAAAAAGUUACUAUAAUGGAAAAACACGAUGAUCCGCCAAGUUCCGAUAACAUUAAUUUAUCAGGACUUUUAGAUGAUGCGUAUUCUGUAAAAUCAACAGAACCUUUGGGAAUUAAAAUACUCAAAGUAGAUGAAACAGUUAUAAAUAAAAUGUUUGCCUGCUUGGCCUCGGCGAAUACCUUGGAGAGUGAUAGUAAAAAUGAAGUACCGACAGCUGAAGAAGUUGGAUUUAAACUUUCUAAUAACAUUACGUGGAAGCGACCAACGAAUUCGAAACAAACUGAAAAUGAAGCACAGGUCAAUCUCGAACAAACAGUCCAAGCGGAUUGCUAUGUUGAUUUUACUGAUAUGAGCAGUACUGGCCACACUGUUACUGUAGCGCUUCCUACUGAGAAAAAUGUGGAGCAAGUUGCAAGUUUGGACGCACAUAUUAGAAACCUGAAACACAUCAGUGGGACUGAUGAAAGUAUAACAAGUGUAACUUCACCAGAUUUUCUUGCAUUAGUGCUGGAUGAUGUAUUAAUCCCAUCUACCGCCACAAAAAAGAUGGUUAUUUGCAAAGAAAAAGUUGCAAAAAUUGCAGAAUAUUUGAAAAGCAACCUCAAGCCAUCUAUUCCAAGUUGUUCUACAAGUGAGACUUCUACGGCUGAAGCAGAUGUUGAACUUUUGGCGACUUCCGAUGAUAUUUCGUCAUCUACCAUUCAAGCUGUCGAUAAUAAUGUAAUUGCGGUGGAAUCACUACAUAGGGGAGAACAAAAUAGGAGUGAAAGCAUUAAUCCCGUAGAAGAACCACAAUGAUCAUUAGCUGAAAAUAUACCCAAGACUAAUGAAUAGAUCUGCAGGUCUAUGCACUGACUAAAAGACUCUUUUCGUAGUUAUUGCCAUUGUUUCAGACAAUUCGGAUAUGAAUUUGAAUCACUUUCUGAUAUCCGUAUUUAUAAUAGCAAGUGCGUAAUUAAUUUACUUUUUAGCUUUCAAUGCAGUGUUUUUAUUACGAUUAUUUCAUUUGGGCCUUAUUUGUAAUAAAACCAAAAAGCGAUUA